GAGAUUUUCAGUUGGAGACCAGCGAGUUGUUCAAUGAGUUCAUGACUGAGCUGGGAGUAAACUGGGUCACCAGGAACAUUGCAAACAAUCUGUAUCCGGUUCAGAAAAUAAGUCAGGAUGAAGAUGAAAUAAGUCUGAUAACUGAGACUCCAAUCCGUUCUACAGAUACCAAGUUUAAACUGAAUAUACCCUGGGAGGAGACUACUGCAGAUGGUCGUGUGACUGAGACGAUCUCUACUCUUGAAGGAAAUAUUCUAAGAAAGGUUCAAGUUCCUGAUCCAUCAACUGGAUACCAUUCUACCCAGGAGGAUCGCGAGUUUAGCGAAGAUGGUGAAACGAUGAAGAUGACGCUCACAAUCUCUGGGAAACCUGCCGUAACAUGUAUCCGUGUUUACAAGCGGCUUCCAGCAAAUAUCUGAACAGACGAAAACAAAUGUCGUCUUCUUCUGCAGCUUUGUUUAAGUCAAGGUUCUUUAAUAGAGUAGGUUAAUCUCGAAUCUCGAUGCGCUCCAAAAUACGGAAAAUGUCGUCUCCUUAGCAUAGAUAGAUAUAUUAAGCAUAUGACGUCACU